UUGGGUCCUGUAUUUUUGUUCUUCUUCUUCUUCGUUUUUAUGUUUUUACUAGAGAUUUUGUAUUUCUCUCAAUUUCAGAGACUUUGAGCUUCAGCAGAGCCGAGAUUUUGCUUCGAAUUUCAAAUUUCGGAAUGCUUUCCUUUUAUUUUCGUUGGGCUUUUUCAUGCCAUGGGGGACAGAGUCGGCCAAAGUUACUCGGACGUUGCCGAGUCGAAUUCUUUGAUACAAAUUUGGUGACGUAAAAAAUUAGAAAAAAUUGUUGAAGAACAUGACUGUGGCAAGCUUCUCUCCUGUCAAGGAGAACAGACCCAAUGGGAAAAGCAAUCAUAUUAUAGAUGAGAAAGCCCCAUUGCUUCCUCUAAAGUAUAGUGACUCGGAUGUGGAACUUGGUGAGUUCAAUGGAGCAUCCUUUUCUGGUGCAGUAUUCAAUCUUUCAACAAGUAUUGUUGGAGCUGGAAUCAUGGGGUUGCCUGCAGCAAUGAAGAUUUUGGGGCUCGGGCCAGGAAUUGCAAUGAUAUUAUUCAUGGGUUUCUUAACUAAAUCUACAGUGGGGACUAUGUUAAAGUUCAGCAAGCCUUCAAACUCAGUUACUUACUGUGGUUUGUUGAAGGAUUCUUUUGGAAGGACCGGAGGGAUUGUUCUGCAUAUAUGUAUCAUUAUUAAUAACCUUGGGUCUCUAUUUGUGUUUAUGAUCAUCAUCGGCGAUGUGCUUUCUGGAACAUCUUCAAGUGGGGUACAUCACUCUGGUGUUUUGGAAGGUCUAUUUGGUGAACGUUGGUGGAACGGGCGCACUUUUGUGCUACUUUUUACAUCACUUGCUAUAUUAGCUCCAUUGGCAUCUUUCAAACGAGUUGACUCUCUGAGAUAUACAUCAGCGUUAUCGGUUGCUCUGGCUGUAGUGUUUGUUAUCAUCACCGCAGGCAUUGCCACUGUGAAAUUAUUUAAUGGAAAUACUGAAAUGCCAAGAUGGCUACCAAAUGUGACUGAUACGGCAUCAUUCCUGCAGCUCUUCACAGCUGUACCUGUUGUCCUCUUGGCCUACAUUUGCCAUUAUAAUGUUCAUCCUAUAGCCAAGGAACUUGAGGACAAAUCGGAGAUGCCCUCUAUUGUGCGUACUUCUCUCAUUCUUUGCAUGGUUGUGUACAUCGCUACCAGCUUCUUUUGCUUCCUCCUUUUUGGGGAGUCCAUUUUGGAUGAUGUGUUAGCCAACUUUGAUGUUGACUUAGGAGUCCCAUAUUCCUCAUUCCUAACUUACCUGGUUCGAGUCUGCUAUGCUAUUCAUGUCAUGUUGGUGGCUCCUAUUAUCUUCUUUGCAUUACGGCUAAAUUUGGAUGGGUUUCUUUUCCCCUCCGCGAAGCCUUUGGUCGUAGAUAACAAGAGGUUUACCAUCCUCACAGCAGUCAUGAUUGUCUGCAUUUUUAUUGGAGCAAACUUCAUUCCUAGCAUCUGGAUCGUCUUCCAGUUUAGUGGAGGCACUGCUGGUGUUUGUGUUGGGUUAAUCUUCCCUGCAGCAGUUGCUCUGAGGGAUCGGCAUGGCAUUGCUACAAAGAAAGAUAUGAUACUUGCCAUCUUCAUCGUGGUCCUUGCAAUUUUCUCAAGUGUGUUGGCUAUUUACAGUGAAGCAUCUGCCUUGUUCAAGAAGAACAGUGGCCCUUGAGGGAUUAAAAGGUCAAUAGCAUCUAAAUACUCAGAAGUUUCUAUGGUAACUAUCUCCGCAAAAUUCAUCGGAGAAAUAUGUCAGUUUUAUAUGCAAUAUCAGUGGAUUUCAAGAAUGCGCCACCCAUUUCAGUCCAUGUUCAUAUCAAAAUUGGGAUAUCUCUGGCCUUUGUCACUGAACUUGUUCACUCGCAAUACCUAAAUAAAUUCAUCAUUACUGGUCAUGAAAGCGUGACACCGGUUAUGUAUAUUUAUUCAUAUAUAAUUUGAAUUCAUGUACACCACGAUGUGCAUUCCUUAUAAAAUGUACAUAGUUUUUGCC